ACCAAGGCCAAGCAUCCAACAGCCAGCGUGACUGCCAUUGCCCCACCAUCUAUCUGUGGAAUCUUGCCUCUACGCAACCUAUUAGACUGUGCUCUUCCAGCGACGAUGUCCCGGCUACGGGAAUCCUCUGUACCUUUGCUAGACAAGCGUGCCAGCGAACUGCGAUUUCCGACGUCGCCCUCGAGGUCCAAAACACAAUUUCCAAUUGGAAAGAAGCCAAGACAAGAGACAGGAUGGUUACUUACAUGGGAAAGAGAUCUUCUUGUUUUCUCCACAGUCUUGAAAGUUCUAUUAUUCCCUGCAUAUCAUUCGACAGACUUCGAAGUCCAUCGGAAUUGGAUGGCUAUAACUUAUUCCCUCCCCAUGUCAAAAUGGUACUUCGAUACCACCUCUGAAUGGAGUACGUUGGACUCUGAUUUAGACUGUCUAGGCACGGGACUGAUGGGAUGGUGCCACGAAAUAGCUUUGGAUUACCCUCCAUUCUUUGCCUAUUUCGAAUUCCUGCUAUCCUUGCCCGCUCGUCUUAUCGACCCAUCAAUAGUGCAGCUCUUAAAUCUCAAUUACGAUGCUACCUCUGUGGUGUACUAUCAAAGAUCUACUGUCAUUGUCACCGAGUUAGUUUUGUGUGCCGCUCUGCUCAGAAUUGCCCGAAAAAGUGUGGAUCCGUCCAUUGGACGUGUUAUUGCGGCCUCUCUCUUUCUUCACCCUGGUUUCUUCAUUGUGGAUCAUAUCCAUUUUCAAUAUAACGGAUUUUUGUUUGGGAUCCUUGUCUGGUCUAUCAUAAUGGCAAGCGAGGGGAAGCAUCUGGAGAGUGGCAUUUUGUUUGCUGUCCUGCUAAACUUUAAACAUAUCUACAUGUAUCUUUCUCCUGCCUAUUUCAUAUAUCUGUUUCGAUUCCAUUGUAUGACACCCGGCGGCGAUUUCAUCUCUAACUCUUUCCUUUCCCUCGCGAACACCGUCUUGGCUGUUUUUGUUGCAUCCUUUGGUCCUUUCUUCUUGCUUAAGAACGGAGGGGCACAGAUCGUACAAAUCUUCUCACGAUUAUUUCCGUUCACUCGAGGCCUCAACCAUGCGUAUUGGGCGCCAAACGUUUGGGCUCUCGUCACUGCAGCGGAUAGGAUCCUUUUGAAGUACGUGCGUUGGGCUGGGAAGGACGUGAAUGUGUACGAACCAGGCGUGGCAUCGUCUAGUCGAGGCUUGGUUGGGGACACCGUUUUCGCCAUUCUUCCCAACGUCGUGCCCAUUCAUACAUUCACCCUCACAAUCCUGUUCCAGGCAAUAUAUCUCGUUAAAUUAUGGAGAACGCCAACGCACAAGAGCUUUUUGACCGCUUUGACGCUUUGCGGAUGGGCAUCAUUCAUGUUUGGAUGGCAUGUACAUGAGAAGGCGAUCCUGCUUGUGCUCGUUCCCUUGAGUCUGAUGGCUGCUGACAGUGGACUGCACCUCCGAGUGUUCAUGAUUGCCUCUGCUGCAGGAAUAUACUCGCUUUUCCCGUUAAUCUUCAAACCUUCAGAAUCAAUCAUCAAAGUAAUAUAUUCGACGGGGUGGUGCUGCAUCGUUUAUGGGAUGCUUCAGAAGCGCGCCUAUGAGUUUCCAAAUACAUUAAUAACCGCUGUCGUAGAACGCAUGGAGAACCUCUAUCUUGCGGGCUUCGUGCCUCUUCAAGCUUUUGUCGUACUCUUCCCUUUUCUGACUUCUCGUCGUCCGUCAUCUUCAUCUGCCUUUCCCACUGCUCAAACAUGUGUUGUUGUCUCCGGCGGGAAUGGGCAGUUAGAAUUCCUACCGCUCAUGCUGACGAGUGUAUAUUGUUCAAUCGGGUUGCUCUGGGCUUUUGUGAGGUUCUCGUAUUUUUAUGUUGUGAAAUUCAGGGAGUAG